AUGUUGACUAAGAAGAGUAAACCAGGCGAUACCGCUUGUGCCGAAGAUUUGAAAUGGCGGCAGUUGGACAGACGUUUGCGAGCUAUUGAACAGCCUGCUUGGACAAUAAGUGUAUCGCAAUCUCGUUGGCGGCAGUGUUCGAAAGGCGCCUGCAGAUGUGACGCUGUACAUCGUUCGUUAAACUGCUGGCGAUCCGGACUUACGGCCUUGACGGCGGAUUUGAUUGUGCCUAUUGAUAUUUACACUAUUGAUCUCGGGACGAAUAAAUUGCGAACAUUACAUAAGUCAACGUUCAAAGACAUGCGAUCUCUAUCAGAGCUCGACAUGUUUGACAACAACGUGGAAUUCCUACCCUCCGGAAUUUUCGAGUCCCUUAUCAAUUUGAGGAUAUUACGCUUACAAAGGAAUUACUUAGAGGAGAUUGACAGCGAAGCUUUUCGGCAUACAAAAAAGUUGUUCCACGUAGAUUUAUCCAAUAACUUCUUGUACACUCUACCUGAACGUCUAUUCGCAAAUAACACAUACUUGGAAACUAUAGACUUCUCAAACAAUCAAAUCGUAUAUAUUCCUUCGGAUACAUUUUUCGGACUACGCUCCUUAUUAAUUUUAGAUUUGUCUAAUAACAAAAUCCAACAGAUACAAAACGGAACGUUUCAUUUGAAGAAUCUGCAAAUAUUGAAACUUUCAGAUAAUAAAAUAAAUAAUAUAACGGAGAAUGCGUUUGAGAGUCUCUUUUGUUUGGAGACUCUUUUAUUGGACAAAAAUGACCUGCGUCAUAUUCCGAACAAUUUGUUCUCUAACCUUUUCAGCUUGACCUAUUUGGAUCUAUAUAGGAAUAAUAUAAUGAGUCUCACCGGUCUAGAGUUCAGACAUCUCAACCAAUUGAGAAAUUUGGAUUUAAAGGAGAACCUGUUAUCCGAAUUGCCCGACAACGCAUUCGCGAACUGUUCUCGCCUCGAAAAGCUGGAUUUGUCGAGAAACAAAUUGAAAUUCUUGAACGAGUCAACCUUCUACGGCUUGGGGAAUCUGACGUCGUUAAUAUUUUCAGAUAACCAAAUAUACGAAGUACAUUUCAAAACGUUUGCUAUGCUUAAAAAUCUAACGACACUAUAUUUAGACAGCAAUAUGUUCCCGUCGCUUCCGUCGCGAACUUUCGACUACAUGCCAAAGCUUGCUAACGUCAAAUUGUCAAACAACCCAUGGCACUGCGAUUGCCACGCUCUGUAUAUUUCGGCUUGGGUGCGCUUGAACGAAAUGAAGAUUUGGGACUAUUCACCCACCUGCGUGUCACCAUGGUUUUUGGAAGGUCAUUUCUUAAAGAAGCUAAAAUUCCCAGAACUGUGCACUGGGCAAUGGGCUAGCAUGGUAAACCUAUCACCAAGAUUACCAAUUGACCAACUGCUAGCUCUAAACGUUACUGUCAACAGGAAACCCCAAGAAAGUAUGGAAGACAUUCCCGAUAUGGAGAACUGGUAG